AUGGGUUUUGCAAUGCAAUGCUCAAGCUAUGUCUAUUCUUGUUGUGUCCCUCAUCAAUUCUCCCCAACCGCCCCAUCUUUUCAAACUUGCAAGUGGAACAGAUUCAAGACCCAACCAAAGAAUCAGAUUGCUGUAUUCUGUGGGGCCGAGGACCGAAAUUCUAACUUUGAUUCUCACAGGAAAAGAAGAAAAGUUGUGGAGCACAUUUGUCUGCUCAAAGCAAAAGAGGCUCUGUCUGAAGAGGAAGAGAAUGACAUGCUUGAUUAUUUGUAUACAACCCAGUAUCAAAUGGGUGGUAUUAUUGCAAUUUCAUUAGGGCGCGUUUCAGCUCAGAAUCCAGACCACUAUACUCAUGCUUUGUACAUGCGGUUUCAGAAGAAGGAAAACCUUGAAAAGUUCUAUGAGAAUUCCUUUUACUCGAAGGUUCUCAAGGACCACGUAAUGACUUACUGCCAUGGAUUAAUUAAUGUGGAUUAUGAAUCUGAAGUCGAUGAUGACAUGCUUUCUAUUUUUCGCAAGGGAGAGGAGUUUAGCCAUGGAGUGGAGUUCGUUCUUUUGUUAUCAUUUAAUGAGGAUGCCUUAGAUAACAAGGUCGAACAUGCAUUGGCGUCUCUGGCAACAGUGAUGUUAGAAUCUCCUUCCUUGAUAGUACAAUUUACGCAAGGUUUGAAUUUCAAUGAAAGCUCUAAGGAGUAUACUCAUGGAGUAGUGAUCCGAUUUCGAUCAGUUGAGGCAUUCAAGAUAUUUUUACGCAGUCAAGAAUACAAAAAUGUAUGGAUAUUGAAGCUCCAGCCUAUUGUUCUGAAAUCACUGUCUCUUCAUUUCUCGGUUGAUCCAGUGGGAACCGAGCUUAUGUAG